AUGAAGUUUGCGGUUGCGGUGUUGUGGUUCUGCCUGGCUCUUGAGAAGGCUACUAUGCAAGACCAGGAGGACUUUGUGUCGCUGGCUGAGAUGGAGGAUUCCUUGCUGAGGAACCUGUUCAGGGGCUACCAGAAGUGGGUGCGCCCCGUCCAGCACGCCAAUGACACCAUCACCGUACGCUUUGGACUAAAGAUCUCACAACUGGUUGAUGUGGAUGAAAAGAACCAGCUGAUGACUACAAACGUUUGGCUCUGGCAGGAGUGGGUCGAUGUGAAGCUGAAGUGGAACCCAGAUGACUAUGGGGGUAUUACCUCCAUCAGAGUGCCUUCAGAAACUAUUUGGCUGCCUGACAUUGUUCUGUAUGAAAAUGCGGAUGGUCGCUUUGAGGGCUCCCUGAUGACCAAAGCCAUAGUGCGCUGGGACGGCACCAUAACGUGGACUCCACCUGCCAGCUACAAGUCCUCCUGCACCAUGGACGUCACCUUCUUCCCCUUCGACCGACAGAACUGCUCCAUGAAGUUCGGCUCCUGGACUUACGAUGGAAACAUGGUGGACCUUGUCCUGGUGGAUCACUACGUGGACCGUAAAGACUUCUUUGACAACGGCGAAUGGGAGAUCCUCAACGCCACAGGAGUGAAGGGAAGCAGGAGGGAUGGGGUGUACUGGUACCCGUUCAUCACAUACUCCUUUAUCCUCAAGAGGUUGCCCUUGUUCUACACCCUGUUCCUCAUCAUCCCCUGCCUCGGCCUGUCCUUUCUUACCGUGCUGGUGUUCUAUUUGCCAUCGGACGAAGGAGAAAAACUGUCACUUUCCACCUCAGUGUUGGUGUCUCUCACUGUGUUCCUGUUGGUCAUAGAAGAAAUCAUACCUUCGUCCUCAAAGGUGAUCCCACUGAUUGGAGAGUACCUGCUCUUCAUCAUGAUCUUCGUCACCUUCUCCAUCAUCGUCACCGUCUUUGUGAUUAACGUCCACCACCGCUCCUCUGCCACCUACCACCCCAUGGCCCCCUGGGUAAAGAGCCUCUUUCUUCAGAGACUGCCCAGACUGCUGUGCAUGAGGGGGCACACUGACAGGUACCACUAUCCAGAUUUCGAGAUGCGCAGCCCGGAGCUGAAGCCCCGCCGAGGUGUGGGGAGGAGGGGGGUCCCUGGGCACAGUGGCGGUCAGCAGAGAGGCCCCCUUGGAGGAAAAGAGGACGAGAACCAAGCCUGGCUGGCGAUGCUGGAGAAAGCCACAAACUCAGUCCGCUACAUCAGUCGUCACAUCAAAAAGGAGCACUUCAUACGAGAGGUGGUACAGGACUGGAAAUUCGUGGCUCAGGUGUUGGACAGGAUUUUCCUGUGGGCCUUUCUCACAGUGUCAAUACUGGGAACUGUUCUAAUCUUCACCCCCGCUCUGCAGAUGUACCUCAGCUCACCUUAAUGAACACACACACACACACAUGCACACAUGCACACAAACUCACAAAUACUCUCAAACAGCGUAUCCUUGUGUUCCAGAACUGUCUUUAACUAUGAUUUAUGGAUAAAACUCAAUAAAACAUUCACAGUUUCUGUUGCAUAAACAAGCUCGGGCUACAAACCUUUACCUCCCUGCAGUUUGAUUUGCACCCUGUAAUGUCUACUGGAAACCGUAAUGUUCUAGAUGCAACUUGUUGUAUGGUGUGUGUGUAUGAGGGUGCAGGGGAGUGACAGCAAUAAGCAGGUUAAAGUAGCGUGUAUGAUUUGAAAAUCCAUGUUUGUAUAACUGUAUCAUUGUAAUUAUACAUGCAACAAAAUGCACAAUAUCACUUCAUGAGUAAUGAGUUGUUUUAUGUGUCACAUGCACUAUGUUGUCCAGCCAGCUGUUCUCUACUGUCUGUUCUGUAAUGAUGAUCAGAAUAAAAAAAGAAA